AUGGAUUUGAUUUGGUUGGAAAUCCUUAUCGCAAUGAUUGGUGAACAGUUCGGCGAGGACAUGGAGCUCAUUUGUGGCUUAGUUUGUAACGUUCGUGGCAAAGGAAGCAAGAUCAGUAUGUGGACAAAAGACUGGAGUGCAGAGGAAGGAAACAUGAGGAUUGGACAAGUUCUGAAGAAUAAACUUCUCGGGGCAGAAGUUCCUGCUGGUUGCACGACCCCGCUGUUUGACUGGUUAAAGUACGAGGAUCACGACAGUUGUCAGAAAAAGAGCGGAAGUACUGUCAAGGCGCAAGAACGAGCUGCCAAGCAAGCUAUGGCCGAGAAGGCGAAGGAAUUCAAACGAAUGCAGAAGGAGGCUCUCAGCAAGGGUCUCAAGCCAGGUACAAACUUCACAUCGUCGGCUACCGGAAUAUCGUCGUCAUCAACACCGUUAACUGCCAUUCCUGAGUAUUGCCGGUCAAACGACGAAAAGGAAAUCCUAGCGCAUGAUUUUGACUUGAUCUUCGCUUUCGACGAAGUUGUCACACUCGGCUAUAGAGAAAGUGUGAAUCUGGCGCAGAUUCGUACAUUCACAGAGAUGGACUCGCAUGAAGAGCGUGUAUUUCUUCAGAUUAAAGAGGCGCAAGAACGAGCUGCCAAGCAAGCUAUGGCCGAGAAGGCGAAGGAAUUCAAACGAAUGCAGAAGGAGGCUCUCAGCAAGGGUCUCAAGCCAGGUACAAACUUCACAUCGUCGGCUACCGGAAUAUCGUCGUCAUCAACACCGUUAACUGCCGUACAGGAGCCUGCUGCGCCUAGGCAAAGUGCUCCUUCGUCAAGAGCUGGAGGAGGAAAGGCUUUGAAACUUGGAGCGAAGACUAGAGAUGAGGAUGUUUUCCUGCAACAACUUCGCCAAGAGGGACAAGCCAUUGUAGCAGUGGAAAAAACAUCGCGCGAUCAAGGAGGAUCGUCAGCAGCUGUUGCUCCAAUAUCUAAUGUGAAACGCGAGGCAGUGCAUGUGCGUACCGAGGAGAAGAUGGUAGCCACAAUUCUUGGAGUAGUUUCGCUAUCGGUAUCAUCGCCGGAAUUCAACACAGUUGCUGUUCAAAUGCAUAAUAAAGCCCCAGCGGGAGCGCAGCUGCAGGUGCAUCCCAAUCUUGAUAAAAAGGAGUGGCAGGCUACUCACAUGCUCAAACUGAAGUCUACCGGGAAACCGUUCCCAGUCAACAACGAUGUGGGCGUACUGAAGUGGAAAAUGGUACUCACCGAAGAGGAACAACUUCCUAUUGCUUUGAACUGCUGGCCACAAGAGUCUGCUGAUGGUUGUCAAGUAAACAUUGAGUACACAUUGCAAAGAGAAGAUCUGUCUUUGGAGAACGUAAUCAUCACAGUACCACUGCCUGCUGCUACUGUUCCUGUAGUAUCCGACUGCGAAGGUUCAUACGAGUAUCAAAAGAGCCGCAAUCAACUUGUAUGGACAAUGCCAGUGAUCGACAGCACUAAUUCAACUGGAACUCUGGAAUUCACUGUGCCAAACGGCCACGCCGACCACUUCUUCCCAGUUCAUGUCCGCUUCCACACCGAAAAAUUGUACUGCGACAUUGGGGUGGACGCGGUUCAAACGAUUGAUGGCAGUUCGGCGGUACCAUUCUCUGUUGAAACCCGCUUGAUUACUGAGAAGUACGAGGUAGUGUGA